GAUCUCACAAUAAACUUUAAUCUUUUCACUUCAAUAACAAACUCCACAAAAGCAUAUUCUCACAAAUACUUUCGAAAAUAUAAAUAUAAAAUACUCGCAAAUACAAACAAAAAGCAAACGAUAUAAACGAUGGUUAGCGCGGAGGUUAAAACUCGUCAGCUUAGUGCUAAACAAUUUGAGGUCCUCACCAACUGGUUGGAAACCAAGAAGAUCAAUUUGAUGAAUAGCCUGGAGGAUGGCAACAUUGAUCUCAACGCCGUGGCGUCCUCGAUGAAGCUGAUUAACAAGAAAUUCGCAACCACUUCAGUCUAUACAGCACAUAACAACUUUGCCUUGAAGUUGAAGAACUGGGAUAACUUUAAUUUGUUGGUGCUACGCAAAAUGGGCGUAAGCGUCACACGCAAACAGCUGGAGGAGUUGGCCAAGAGUGAAUCUUAUGCACUGUAUAAUUUGCUCUAUCAAGUGAUGUGUGCCGAACGCAGGGGAUUCAAAAUGUUUACUCCCCGACGUUCGGGGUCAUUGAAACCCAACGACAAUCAGGUCAAGACAUUCCGCAACGUGACACCGUCUCAAGCCAUGAAGAAGCCGGAUCAAUCGCCGAAGCAAACACAGAAGCAAACUCCGACACAAACACCGAAGCAAACACCGAAGCAAACUCCGACACAAACACCGAAGCAAACUCAAGGGCGACCGAAACCAAACACUUCUACAUCUCCCAUUCAGACUCAAGUGCGUAAGACUGCACAAGUUUUGGCCAGACAGACUCAAGUUCAGCCCAAGCCAUCCUACAAUAAAGUUAACAAACCAAUUGCAAAGGAAAAUGUUCGAAAGAAAUUCGGUGAUUCGACAACACAGACUGGGGCUUCAAUGCAACAGCUUCAACGUAGUGUUACUUGGACAAAGAAGAGUUUUAAGGAAGCGGCUGUCGACUGUAAGAUCUUCGAUGCGAUCAUCAUCAUGCAGUUGGAGACUCGCAUGGAUCAGCUCAAUGAGAAGAUCGACGACAUGAUGGCACAGCAAGACCAGUCAAGUUCUCGUAAGCAGGAGGCGUCCGAACAGAAGCUGCCAAGGAAGUCGGAACCAAACCAGCUCGAAUUUCUUGAUUUUCUGUUUGAGCCGCUCGAAAUGCAGGAGGCGUCCAAACAUGAGCUGAUAACGGAGUCGGAACCAAACGAGCUCGAAUUUCUUGAAUCCCAGUUUGAGCCGCUCGAAAUGGAGUCGGAGCCGGAUCUAGUGUCAUAGGAGAAACCUAACCCAAGAAGGAAGUUUAAUCAAGAGCGCGGCGCCAUGGACAAACCGACUUUCUGGGAGCGACACGAAGCGAAGUUCUACACAUUCGGCCACUUCUAUGCGAACAUCUAUGGCCAGGUGAUGAUCGACUACAUGCCGCACGAGCCGUUGAAGGGUCCCC